UUAAUUGGAACUUGGAAGAAUUUUCGGUGGCGGGAUCGGAUUGUUUGGCUGCCUAAGAAUUGUCAGACAUUCGGUUUAUUCUUUCGUUUGUAGCGAAAUUCUUGUGAUGUUCGUUCGGGGACUAACGGAAUGUAGUAUAGAGGUUUUGGGAUCUGAAUUUACACUGGAUUUCGGUUUCUAUAGGCUCCAUGAUGUUCGCGUAGAAUGAGAGGUAAAGCUUCCUGGUGCUUCUCUUACUGUUAAAACAUUAUUGUGAUGGCUGCUCCAAGGAGUAUUUUAAUCGAUAUUGGGAGGCAGAGGGACGAAGAGAAUGAGAAAGAGGAUUCACCCACGACUAAGAAACCCACCGCUGCGAAAUUGGAUGGCAGAUUUCCGUUGUCGCAAUGGGAGGUGGCUAUUGCUGUUAGUAUUUUUUUGCUCUUCUCCGUCGGUCUCUUUUGUGUCUAUGUCACUAUGCCAGCUGCCGAGUAUGGCAAGAUCAAGUUGCCUCGCUCUAUUUCAGAUCUCCGAGUUCUCAAGGAUAAUCUUGCAACUUAUGCAAAAGAUUACCGAGGACAGUUCAUUCUAGGUUACUGUUCAACUUACAUCUUCAUGCAGACAUUUAUGAUUCCUGGAACAAUCUUUAUGUCAUUGCUUGCUGGUGCCCUUUUUGGUGUAAUCAAAGGACUGGUUUUGGUAGUCUUCAAUGCCACAGCUGGGGCAUCAUGUUGCUAUUUCCUGUCUAAGUUAAUUGGGAGACCUUUAGUUAACUGGCUAUGGGCUGAAAAAUUGAGGUUUUUCCAGGCAGAGAUAGCAAAGCGUAGGGAAAAGCUGCUGAAUUACAUGCUUUUUUUGAGGAUAACUCCCACUUUGCCUAACACUUUUAUUAAUUUGGCAUCUCCAAUGGUGGAUAUACCUUUUAAUGUGUUUUUCUUGGCAACGUUGGUGGGUCUUAUUCCAGCUUCAUAUAUCACUGUCAGAGCUGGUCUUGCUCUGGGCGAUCUGAAGUCAGUCAGAGAUCUAUAUGAUUUUAAGACCUUGGCUGUGCUUUUCCUCAUCGGUUCAGUGUCCAUACUUCCAACCAUCCUGAAGAGGAAGCGAACAUAUGAAUGAAAAUUGAAAGGUGUGUCUGUUGGUCCUUCCCAAUCUGCAAGCAUACAUACAUGACUGGA